CCAAGAUGGCGGCGCCCAGGGAGGCGCAGGGCCGGUUCCGCACCCGGGACGUGCUGCUGCCCGGCGGCCCCUCCGAUUUCGGCUCUCUCCUGCUGUCGCCGCCGGUGCUGGCGGGGCUGGAGGCGGCCGGGUUCCAUCGGCCGUCGCCGGUGCAGCUGAAGGCCAUCCCGCUGGGGCGCUGCGGGCUGGAUCUCAUCGUGCAGGCCAAGUCCGGCACCGGCAAGACCUGCGUGUUCGCCACCAUCGCCCUGGACGCCGUGCUGCUGGAGAGCCCCGCCACGCAGAUCCUGAUCCUCGCUCCCACCAGGGAGAUUGCUGUGCAGAUCCACGCCGUGAUCACAACGAUCGGGAUAAAAAUGGAAGGCUUGGAAUGCCACGUGUUCAUUGGAGGGACUCCGCUGAGCCAGGACAGGAGCAGGCUGAAGAAAUGCCACAUCGCUGUGGGCUCCCCAGGGAGGAUCAAGCAGCUGAUAGAGCUGGACUACCUGAGCACAGGCAGCGUGCGGCUCUUCGUGCUGGACGAGGCAGACAAGCUGCUGGAGGAGGGCAGCUUCCAGGAGCAGAUCAACUGGAUCUACUCCUCCCUGCCAGUCAAUAAGCAGAUGUUGGCAGUCUCAGCCACCUACCCCGAGUCCUUGGCUGCUGCUCUCACCAGGUACAUGAGGGAGCCCACGUUUGUGAGGCUGAACCCCACGGAUCCCAGCCUUCUUGGGCUGAAGCAGUACUACAAAAUUGUGAAUUCCCAUCCCCUCCCACAUAAAACCUUUGAGGAGAAAACGCAGCACCUGCAGGAGUUGUUCAGCAAGAUUCCUUUCAACCAAGCCUUAGUCUUCUCAAAUUUGCACAGCAGGGCUCAACAUCUGGCUGAAAUACUGACAUCCAGGGGCUUCCCUGCCGAGUGCAUUUCAGGCAACAUGAAUCAAAAUCAGCGACUUGACGCCAUGGCUAAAUUAAAGCAAUUCCACUGCAGAGUUCUGAUUUCCACAGACUUGACAUCUCGUGGAAUUGAUGCGGAGAAGGUGAACCUGGUCAUCAACCUGGACGUGCCCCUGGACUGGGAGACCUACAUGCACCGCAUCGGCCGCGCCGGGCGCUUCGGCACCUUGGGUCUGGCUGUGACCUACUGCUGCCGUGGCGAGGAGGAGAACACCAUGAUGGGAAUUGCUCAGAAGUGCAACCUGCAGCUCCUUCCUCUGCCAGAGCCAAUCCCUCCUGGAGUGAUGGAGCAGUUUGAAGACGGGGAGGUGGAAGUUAAACCUGCAAUACCUACAGGACCUGUGGUGAAUUGUGACACUGUGUGUCCUAAACCAGAGCAACCAGUGCUGCAGCCUGUCCAGAAUGGCUUUUCAGACAUACCUCAGCCUCCCUCCAAUCUUCCAAGGGAUAAUACUUCUGCACAAAGGCCAAAAAAGACUCCAAAGCAAAAACAGAUAAAAAAGUGCACAAAUCCUGCAAAUGUAGAGGAAAACAGUAGAAGCCCUCAACCUUCCAGGUGCCACUCAGAGCAGAGGAAUCAAGUCAAACCCACUUGCAGGAUGGAUGGACAGCACAGCGCUCAGGCUCCAGAUGAGGAGGCCUUAAAAAAAAAUCUUCCCAAAAUUCCAUGCUUGUCUUCUUUCAAAAACGAACUCACCAGUCCCUGGAGCUUCUCAGAUUUUGUUGAAGACUAUGAUUAUUUCAUUAAAGAAGGGUCAGAGAGAAAGGUGGAGAUUUUAAGAAGUUACUCAGGCCCAGGAGAGCGGCGUGAGCUACCCAAAAAUGGGGAUGUGGAGUGGGAAGAGAUGGAGCAUCACCCAGAGACGGCAGCAAUCAGGGAUGUGUCUGCUGACAGCGAUGGCUCAGACAGCUCCAGGGAUUCCUUUAAUAGCAGGAAUAACUCAUGCCAGGCGUUUCCAGGCACAGAGCACCCAAAAGCUGUGCCCACAGCACGGCAGGGCCCUGCAGCUUCCUGUCCUACACCACAGAAGCCUCGGGAGCGCUCCCACGUCCCAAGGCCAAACGAAGUGAAGAAGAAAGUCCUGAAACAAAAUGCUAAACACAAGAAAAGCCAGAAGCAUCAAUUCUCCAGUCCUGCCAGGAGCAGAACUGAAGAGGAGCGGAGCUGCAGCUCCUGGGAUGAUGCUCCAUACGAGGGCUGGAGUUACGAGGACUACUGGAAAUGUUACUACGACGCCUGGCAGAGCUACUACACAGCAGUGUCUCACUACAGCAGGAGUUACUGGCACUUCAGCUGCAUGAAUGCCUACCACAUCAACUCAGUCUAUUUCCAGGAGCUGCUGAAAGAUGGGGAUUGAUUCCAGAAUUCCAGCAGAUUGGGGCUGGUUGGGACCAGGGCUGGACAGCUCUGUGACAGCAGUGCUGCUCUGAAGGGCACUGACAAGAGACCGGUGUUUGAGAGGAGGAAAAGUGGUGUCUCUUUGUAAGCAGCUGUGUCUGGUAAAUGUUUUACACGGGGCCAGUGACAGUGUUACAAUUUGUUAAUAAAAGGAAAAGAAAGACA